GUUUCUCGGUUAAAACCGAAUAAUUCUGCGUCUGAUUCUACUGCCCUUCCACAUUCCACUCCAACGUUAGGUGCAGCAGCACCAUAUAUGAAUGUGAUACAACGAUUUCCAUGUGUAAAUACAUCUACGCAGUUUUGUCCAUUUGUGCGACCUUUUUUCCCAAUUCCGCCUCCUUUUGUCAACAUUCCUCCGCCAGUGCCUCCAAAGCCAGAUGGCGUUGUUCCAGGUCCUUCAAGUGCGACGUUACAUAAUGAUCCUCCUCUUGUAAAUAAUGAAAAAGUAAUAAGUGAUGCGGGUACAUCAUCAUCAAAAAUUAUCACAAGAAAUACGCCGAGUUCCGAUCUUAACGGAAAUUCAGCAAUUAAUCAACAAGCAGUUCAUGCAUCUACCUCGACAUCUCACUUAAUAUCAUCCACUUCUCAUUCCUCAGCUGAAAAUCGGUUCACGAAUAGACCUGUUUCACCCAGAAUGUCUUGUGAGGCAAACAGGAGUCAACGAGGAUUGCCUAGAAACCAGUUCCCUUUUCCAAGAGGAAAUUUUUCUUACGGGACACGUAUGCGACCUAUAUUCCCAUUUCGUCGAAUGGACUCGAAUUUGGAGCUGGGACCAUUUCGAGAUCGUGGAACUAUCUUUUUUGACACUGGCAUGCAUCCUUUUGGUAUACAACGAAGUAUGCCUCCUGGUCCUACCGAUUUUCGCUCUUUUGAUCGUGAUCGUUCACCGCUUGGCUAUCAUCGAAAUGGAUAUAAUAACAUCCGCGAACAUACGCUUUGCAGUUCAAUUUUCUGGGGGCCGAGCUGUUAUCGCUGGGGCCGUCGCGUCGAGCAGGGCGCACCUCCGCGCGAAAUAAAUCGUUCGGAAUUGUCGCAGGAAUGCUAUGUUGAAACUGAAGGCAAAAAGUACACUGUACCAGUAAUCGUUCCGGGAAAACUUUUUCUUGGAUAUUUUCAGUCGGCAGAAAAAACUUUCGAAAAAUAUUUACCGCCUAGUUGCACUGAAUGGGAAAAACGAAAUAGUAUUUUCUUUUCUUCAGAAAUGAUGCAGAUUUUGGAAAUUUCUCCCCGAAGUCCUUGUUUGUUCCGCGAUGGGCCAAUUUCAAAAAUUGUUUUGACCUGGCCUUGUAACGAAGUAAUUUUCUUUUUUUCUAAUUUUCAUUUAGCAGUGAUGAAAAUAUUUGCAUCUUUCAAAUGUUCGAAGGAACUAAUCGCAGUCAUUCCGAAACGUUUAACACAGACGGUCACUUUAUUAUCACUGAAGCCAAAAUCUUUUCACAAAUUUUAUAAUUAUGAUCACUUCAGAGAAUUCGCUCGUGUUUUUUUGAUCGGUAGCUAUAUUGUUCCCAAUUCUGCAAUAGACAUACAUUAUUAUGGAUUUAUUUGCUCCUUUGACGUUCUGUUGUCGAUUGAAGAAGAAUUUGAAGCAGCCAGUAUAGAUGAAGAUACAAUGAUCUAUGAAGUGGGGGUGCAGUGUUCUGUCAAUAUAAUUUUAAACAAAGUACCAAGCAGGACUCUAAACUUAUCAGAUUUUGGUGGUAACGAGCACAUCAAAAAGGAGCUCAUAAAAUAUCUCAUCACACCUAUGAAACACGGCCAGCAGACGAGAUCUAUUCUAAUAGCAGGCAUGUUAGGCUGUGGUAAAAGUUUGCUUUUGAGGAUUCUGUCAGCAGAACUUGGUGGCAAAGUAAUUCUUAUUGAUAGUAAUGCUGAUCUAGAUGAAACACUGUUAUAUACGAAGGAGCAAAAGUGCAUUUUUCUUGUCGAUGAUUUCGAUCGACUUUUACAGAUGGCAGGAUCGAGAUGUAUGCCUAUCGUAGAUAGACUCUGUAGAUUGAUUGAUUCCGGCGAAAGUUCUGUUGUGAUUACAUGCCGGCAUGCCGAUGCAAUUGAUUUGAAAUUGAGGAGGCGUUUUCAUCGUGAAGUUGAACUUGUUGUACCUCCUGCAUUGGAGCGACUACAAAUUCUAAAACUUAUGUUAAAAAACGAAAAUGAUUCUGUUCUUGAAGAUAUUGCCAUAAAAACACAUGGUUUCACGGGCGGUGAUCUUAACAUCUUAUGCGGAUUGGCCGCAUCGGAUCUUAGCGAAAAUAAAAUUGCCACUUAUGAAGAAAAAAUUGCUUGCUAUAGUAGGCUAAUUAAAGAUAUUAGGCCAACGGGUAUAAAAGAAUUUGUGUUGGAAGUUCCAAAUGUCGUUUGGGACGAUAUUUGUGGUAAUGAUUUGUUGAAGAAAGAAAUUGAACAGGCGGUUAUAUGGCCGUCAACGUCACAUCAUGUCGCAUUCGAGCGUCUCGGUAUCGAACCUCCAUCUGGUGUUCUGCUUUAUGGUCCCCCAGGAUGCAGCAAAACACUUAUCGCACGCGCAAUCGCAUCACAGUCACACCACAACUUUUUGGCUGUUAAAGGUCCGGAACUUUUUAGUAAGUGGGUCGGAGAAUCGGAGCGGGCUAUUCGCGAACUUUUUCGCCGGGCCAGACAGGUAGCCCCAACAAUCAUUUUUUUUGAUGAAAUCGAUGCCGUUGCUGUUAGUCGCACUGGUGAAAAAAGUAGUAAUAAUGUCGGUGAUAGAGUUCUUGCCCAGCUUUUGACUGAACUUGAUGGCCUUGAAAAGAAGGGCUCUGUGUUUUUCCUUGCUGCGACUAAUCGACCUGACGUUUUGGAUGAUGCCAUUCUUCGGCCUGGUCGAGUGGAUCGCGCUAUUUAUGUACCUUUGCCUGAUCGAGAUACAAGGCAAAUUUUUUUUUUUCAUGAUCUGCUUGCCAUCUUAAGAAAACAUUUGAAAAAAGCUCAAUUUAUGAAUGAUGAUCUGUUGAUGAAUAAAUUUGCGUUGACUACAGAAGGGUACUCAGGAGCAGACCUUGUACAGAUUUGUUGUAAUGCUGGACUUAUCGCACUUCGAGAGAAUAUAAAUGCUGAUUUUAUUGAGGAAAGGCAUCUAAAAAUAUUAAAGCCAAAAACUUCCGGAAAUGGUUCUCGUGUUGGUGUUGAUGUUAAAGUAUUUCCUAACUCCUUUUCAACUCUUCUUCUGUAUGAUGGGUCUGGAUAUUGUCACUGCUGUGGAAUACGGGAGAGCGGGUUUGCUGAACAAAUAUUCAUGCUAAAAGGGCAUUGUUUCAAAUGUCAGCAACACAUCUUUAUUGACCCUGCAGCUGCUUUCAGUUCAGUUGAUAAAGCAGCGCUGGACAACGUGAUGAAAUGCGACGGUGUUCGAGAUCAUCCGACUCGUAGAGGCUAG